GUGUUCGAGAUAUGUAUCUUGUUCGGGCUUGUUCGUAUUUUCCCCGAAGAAAUUGAUGGGACAAGGUGUCGAACUCUUCUUUCGCCAGCCUUUAGCGUCGUUUAUUCAUCAUUAAACUCUUCGCAGCGCAUCUCCUCUGCCAAGGUUCGCCGUCUCUCAUACCGGUCUAUUACAGCAGUAGCCAACCUUCGAGUACUACUGCGUACAAGAAUGUCCCACGUCUUACGAUGAUAAUCGAUCUGACCUGCCCCAACGAAUGUAUCUCAAGGUUUUUUUUUUUUAUAUAUGCCGCGCAUAUCAGUUGUUAGUAGUUGGUGUUGGUUAGUAGUAGAGUUAGAAGUUGUUUAGUUUUAGUAAGUUAGCAGUUAGUAAUUAGUUGUUGGUUAGUUUUAGUAAGUUAGUAGUUAGUUGUUAGUUGUUAGUUGAGUUAGUACAUAUAUAGUUUUAUACAGGGCGACAUGGGGAACAUUAGUGGUAGACAUUGUGGCGGAAGUGGGAAUCGAACACGGGACAUCUACGUACAACGCUAGAUGCUAUAACCAUUAUACCAUGGUCGCAUAUCCUGAUCAAACUAUAUCCGGAAGUAGAUCAUAUCCUAAAAAAGUAUUGGUUGAGAAUAUCUGAAAAUAUGUCAUUUAUAUUUCUCAUUACCUAGUAGCCUAGUGGUAAAGUCUUGAAAUAGUACGCAAGAGUCCAGGGUUCGAUUCCCGUCGAAGAGUUUGUUGCAUUCACUACUUCAAUUAUUUUCGCUUCACUGCUAAGAAUCGAGGUUGCCCUUGCCCUACAAGAAAAUUAAAGUAGAAGCGAAACCAUAAAUAGGUUAGAAUUUAUUCUCAACGAAAUCAGAGUCAUCCUAAUUGCAGUAGGAGAUAGGACAUAUUCUAUUUUUUUUUAAAUGGAAAACAAAUCACUAACAGUUACAGGCUAACAGCCCUUGCUAACGCAGCCCAGGUAGCUGACAUUUCAACGCGAUUUAAAUUUCAAUCGCUCAAGUUUAAUGUAUUUCAUAACAUCUCCAAGAGAUGGCGAAAACUAAUAUUGACGUGUCAGAUUACAGACGAAAAAGUGUCACAUUGAACGCAUGGAAAUGGUGAAAGUAUACUAACGCAGCGAGCAAUACAUUGAACGAAAUCUUUAGAAAUGGUUGACGAAGCAACUCGCAAAAGUUUGAGCGGGAUCCCUCUACUCAAAACCAAAGCUGGCCCUCGUGAUAAAGAGCUUUGGGUUCAGCGGUUGAAAGAAGAAUUCCAGGCCCUCAUCAAGUAUGUCGAGACGAACAAGCACCAGGAUAAUGACUGGUUCCGACUCGAAUCUAAUAAAGAAGGCACCAGGUGGUUUGGAAAAUGCUGGUACAUUCAAGACCUGCUGAAAUAUGAGUUCGAUGUGGAAUUUGAUAUUCCAGUCACAUACCCUACUACAGCACCAGAAAUCGCUUUGCCAGAACUAGAUGGUAAAACUGCCAAGAUGUAUCGAGGAGGAAAAAUUUGCCUGACAGAUCACUUCAAACCACUGUGGGCGAGAAAUGUACCCAAAUUUGGAAUUGCUCAUGCUAUGGCUCUUGGGUUGGGACCCUGGUUGGCGGUAGAAAUUCCAGAUCUUAUCCAGAAAGGUAUCAUCGUGUAUAACGACAAAAGUAGAGCAACAUAAUCUUUAUUUCAGAUUUUUAUUGCAAAAAAAAUAUUCGAGAAAAACAAAAUGAACGAAUUUAUGAAUGUACUGUACUCCAUGAAAGAGCCACGGAAAAAGAAUACAAUCCAGUGGCGUUUUGUUACGCGAUGGGUCA